AUCCGCGCGACGGCGGCGAUCCGCGUUUAGUAGUUCGGUUACCGUCGACUCUUAGCUUCUAGGUCUGUGGGCGGUGAGUUGCCCGAGUAACUCGGCACUCCGCAGUCAGCAGUCUGCAAUCGAUGUUUGUCAGUGUGUAGCGGCAUGGACGAACGCGACGAUUUGUUGGUGGAUGAUGGAGGGAUUGACGUACAGUUUUCGGACGUGUCGUACUCGGUAUCCGUCUGGACACCAGGCAGGAUACUCGGACCAGAGAAAAAACAGAUUUUAAGAAAUGUCAGCGGUGCAUUCCAUAAAAAACAAGCAUGUGCUAUAAUUGGAUGUUCUGGAUCUGGCAAGUCUUCGCUGUUGAAUUUCAUUUCUGGUUAUAAGACAUGUGGUUACAAAGGAGAAAUAGUUAUUAAUGGACGGCCUCGCAAUCGAAAACAAUUCAUAAAACAAUUGAGUUAUAUAAUGCAAGAAGAUAAUUUACAACCUCAUCUUACUGUUUCAGAAUCAAUGGAAAUAGCUUCUAAACUUAGAAACUGUACAAUACAACUUGAUGUUUACCAUAAAAUCUUAAUCAAAAGAAUAUUGGAUAAUUUAAAGUUGUCAGAAAAAGAACAAACUUUGGCUGGAAAAUUAUCUGGGGGUGAACGCCGUCGCCUAUCUAUUGCUGUAGAAUUAAUACGUAAUCCAAAAGUGAUGUUUUUUGAUGAACCAACUACAGGUUUAGAUGUGGUCUCUGCAAAUUAUGUGGUAUCUAUGUUAAGAGACCUAGCCAAUUGUGGCAAAACAAUUAUAUGCACUAUUCAUCAGGCAUCUGCUUCCCAAUUGGAAAUGUUUAAUGCAUUAUACAUAUUAUCACCCACUGGUCAGUGUAUUUACCGUGGACAGUCAUCAAGUCUUAUAAGUUACCUAUCAUCUGUUGGUCUCCAGUGUCCCUUACAUCAUAAUCCUGCAGAUUUUGUCAUUGAAGUGAGUUCUGGAGAAUAUGGUGAUCACAAUGAAACACUUGUGAAAUAUAUCAAUAAUGGUAAAUCAAAUGACUGGAAUAAUGCCAAAAGUAUUGAAAACAGUGUUCAAAUGCAAAACCAUCGUUCUAAUUAUUCUAGACAAAAAUGCAUCUCAAAGUUUUUCAAUGAACUUCGAAUACUAAUUAGUAGAACAUUAAUCAUCUCAUCUAGAGACAGUGACUUUAUCAAAGUAAGAAUAUUUGUACCUCUUUUAAUGAGUUUUCUAUUUGGUUCAGUAUAUUUAAAUAUUGGCAAAAGUGGUUCGUUCACACGGGAUAAUGUAAUAAUGUUAUACUUCAGUAUGAUGGCUAUUGUUUACUUAUCUGCCUACUCAAUGUCUAUAAAAUUUCCAAUGGAAUUGUUACUUAUGAGAUUAGAAUAUUUCAACCAAUGGUAUUCACUUCGUUCAUAUUACACGUGUUUGACAUUAAUGGAUCUACCUUUACAGAUUAUAUCCACGGGACUAUUUUGUAUUGUGAUUUACUUAAUGACUGGGCAACCAUUUGAAUUAUUCAGGUUUUUAAUGGUUUUUUUAAUGUUGAUUGUAACUGGUUUGAUGUCACAAGCAACAGGCAUGUUGGUUGCAAUUUUGUUUAAGAAUUUUCUUAUAAAUACUAUUGUUAUAUCUUCAAUUAUUUUACCAAUGACAAUAUUUGCGGGCAUUAUGUUACGUAUCAAUGACACACCAAAAAUAUAUAGUUGGAUUUAUGAUAUAUCCAUGUUGAAACAUUCUAUGCAAGGUAUUUUACAUGCUAUAUAUGGUUUCAAAAGAUCUGCGUUGCCAUGUCCAGAAAUAUAUUGUUACAAUGGUUCACCAGAAUUAGUUCUCAAGGAUGUAAGUAUGAGUGAAAAUAUAUUUUGGACUAGCAUUGGAUAUAUCACAGCUGUAUUUUUAUUUCUUAAAAUUUGUACUUAUGUUAUUUUAAAACAUAAACUUUCUUGAUAAAAAUAAUUUAUUAUGUUGAAUUGACUCUUAUAUUUGUUACUAGUCAAUGUUGGUAUUGUUAAUAAUCCAUUUUAUCUACAUAAAAUAUAUUUUUCACAGUUUAAUAAUUUAAUAUCCCUAGCUAAAUCAAAUAAUUGAAAAAAAUAUAUAGUAUUUAUAUUUAUUAAGACUUGUAAACAUAGCUAUAGAUUAUGUUAUAUAGUCAUGGAUCUAAGGUGUAGCAACUAUAAAAUGGAAAAAGAGAUGAAACCCAUGUUGACCUUGAUGCAAAAAGUUUUUAUAAUGAUUUUGCCUUUUUUUAAACUAUGUAAUUAUAGUAAAUAUUCAAGUUCAUAUAAGUCUUUAAAAAAAUUAUACUUCCCUAAUUACAGCAUAUUUCUUAAAUAAUAUUCUUAUUGUGCAACUGUUUUAUGGUUUAUUAGAUAGAUUGUGUUAUGUUUUAUGUAUUUUGAGUUGAAUAAUAACCCAUACGGUAGGAUGUCAAUAAUCUAAAAAUCCUUCUCUAAAAAUAAUGGUGGUUGGGCAAGUAACAAAUUUAUGAUUUAAAUUGUAUUAUGAUACAAAUACAGACCACAAGAAAACUGCUGAGUUUGCUUCAUUUGUGCAACAACCGAAUUUGAUUCAUUUAUUAAAGUUCACCUCCAACACUGUAAAAGUGAACCUAAUGGUUCUUCUUAGUUAUUAGUAGGGACUAAAAUACUCAAUUACCCCGUCAGAGUAUUCACUUAAAAUAUCUUACAUUAUUAAUUACAAUUUUCAAAUAAAUAAAUAAAUAUUAAAUUAAAAUUCUGCCAAAAAUAAAACCAAUAUCUUAAUGGUACUUUGUAAUUAGGAUCACAAUCGUUUGUUUUAUAAGGUUACAGUUAUAGUUUAAAAGUACAUUCAGACAAUAAGUCAACACAAUGUCACUGUUAGAAGUGUAAAAAAAAUGUAUUCAGAGAUUAUGUUGCUUUGGUUAAUGUGGUUUAAUUACUACACACGUACAAAUGUUUAUUAUAUUAUAAAUAUAUUAAUGUUAUUUAUUUGGUGUUUAUGUUAACUAGUAUUUUAUUAUUUUUGUUUUUUCUUUGUUAAUUGAUCUGAAUGAGUGCUUAAAAAAUAAUUAUUUAAAUACUUUUUUAAAUUCAAAUUUUUAUUUUUACCGUAGAGACUAAAGAUUAUACUUAGUAUCCACUUCAUUGUAACAUGAAAUCUCUUGAUUUCUGAUCUCAAAACCAACGAAUUUAUAAACAUGUGUAUUUUAUUUGAUUAUUCUAUAAUAAAUUGUUUUGCUCAAAUUA